CUGGAAAUUCCUACUUUCACUUUGGCGCUGAUUAGUGGAAAACAUUUCCUGGGGUGUAUCAUUUCCAGACCAGUAUAUUUCGUUGAUUUGACACGACAAGAUUAUAUUUCUACUGGAGACCAUGAUGGCUGAAGAUUGUACACGUCCAAAACCAAGACAGAGAGGUCGCAGGAGAGUGGUCAAGGUGCAAGACGAGACUCAGGACCAUGAACAAGCUAGUGGAAACUGCAAAAGCGGAGGUGCAUAUGAAGGAGGAAAGUCUUCAAGCGGAGGUUAUGAUGAUGAAGAUAUGGCGGAGGAAAUAGCAGAUCUCCAAACACGAGGAAUUUUGCCGAAGGACUUUACCUACUCUGGAAAGGAUGGCUUAAGACAAGGAAGUUUUGAUAGUGAAGAUCUAAUCGAGGAAAUUAAUGGAUCACUUAGUAUUGGCGCCAAUUCUUCUAAAGUUAAGGACGGAAGUACUAGUGAUAUAGAUACUGAUAUUUUGAUGAGAACAUCAGAAAUAGUUCCUGAAAUUGGCGCCAAUGGUUUGCCAGAAAAUUGGUGUAGGGACAUGCAUAAAAAGGAACAUUACAAAUUGUUUCCCUUGAGGAAAGGUGACAAGGAGUACGAUGUGGUCGAUCAAGACUUUGCUGAUGUAGGGAUUGAGGUUACAGGAAUCGAGAGGUUACAGAACACUAGAUUAUUGAAGAAGUUCAAAGAUGAAAUAGAAGACUUAAAAAUUCAUAGUACAGAUGAUUAUGAUGUGAAUGUCCAGUAUCUGUACCAUGGGACAGGAGUGGAGAAGGUACAACUGUGUGAAGAAGGCCUGGACCAGAGACUCAGUCGGAUGGGCUACUUCGGGAAGGGAAUCUACUUCAGUGACACGCCUCUAAAGUGCGUACAUUAUGCAGACGACCCAGGCAGGCCAAACCCAGAUGAGGCGUACAUUCUCAAGUGUCGAGUUAUUCUGGGUGAUAUCAAGGUUUACCCAAAGUUUAAGGAUGAUAAAGAAUUAAGGCGGGAACCAGAAAAAGAAACAAUCACACAUGGAUUAAAGAAGUAUGACUCCGUGGCGGGCUGUCCUAAGGAUUACAACGAGUAUGUUGUGUAUGACAACAGGAGAGCGAUGAUAGAAUACAUCAUCAAGUUCAAGGCGAACAAAGAACUGAUGAAGAAACUUAGGACUCAACCAGUUGCUACAGCAGCAGCUACUAUGGCAACCAAAACUUCUAGAAGGAGUUUAACGCCCUCUUUUUCCAAACCCAGAAAGUGGUCAGGAAAAGAAACCAGUGAUGAAGUAGGGGAAGCAACUUUUGAUAAUGAGAUAGGGGAAGUAACUCUCGAGGAUGAAGUAGGGGAAGCAAUUCCUGAUGAUGAAAUAGGGGAAGUUACUUAUGAUGCAGCAGAGUGGGCAGAAAUAGAACCAGAGCAAAUUACUUCCACACGUUACAGGAAUGAGGCUUUUGGUGGCCCACCUGUGUCGGAAGAAGACCAUUAUGAAAGAAUCAUGGAGGUACGUCAGGCAGUGAGGAAAAAACGGCUGCAAGAAACAGAGGACCAUGGGCACAGUAGUGUACCGCCCAUACACGACCCUGACACUGUUUGGGAGAUUACAGAGACAUCAUACCAAGACAAUCAGAGUAUGUCAUCGGGGCCAUAUCAUCCUUCAGGAUUUGCUCUUGAGACUCCAGGCAGUAACUUCAGUGACCCAUCAGUCGGUCAAGCCCUAGACAUGUGUAUUAUAGAGUUUCUGGCGGUGACCCAGACUGACGAUUCCAAUCGUGCACGAUAUUAUGUACAGCGUGCAGAAAUGGACGUGAACCGGGCCAUCUCACUCUACUAUGAGGAAGGAUGCUAGCGUAUUAGAUAUGAGACGGAUACACACCCAUUUGUCUGAUUGUUCAGAACUUUGUUCAAGUUAACAAUGUUGUUAAUGCCGUCGUUGUUAACUUUCAAAUCUUUAUUGCUCUGGAAGUUAAAUGGAUAUACAUGUGAUCAGCAGUAUUUCUAAGAAGUUUUGAGACAGCUAUUUAAGUUGUAUCUGUUUUGUUUUAAAGCAGCACUCUCACAGAUUGAACGUUUGACAACUUUUUUAUUUUUUGUCUUGGAAUAGGCAAAUUUUUGCGUAAAUAUCUGCAAACCAAUGAUAUAAGAUAGCUGACAAAAACUCAGAUUGUAGAUUUUCAAAUUUCCGUCUGAAAAUUAAUGUUUUAUGGCUUAAACCGUUACUAACGGUUUAAGAAAAAUACACAAAACAUCAAUUUUUGAACUUAAAUAUAAAAAUCUGCCAACUAUUUUUUGUCAGGAGUCUUAUAUAACUGGUGCCCAUGGAUUUUCACAAAAAAAAAUGGUUCAUUCCAAGACAAAAAAUAAAAAAAAGUUGUCAAAACAUUCAAUCUGUGAGAGUGCAGCUUUAAUAUAUAAGCACAUAAAAAAUCACAUUUUAAAGUUAACAGUAAUGUCGUUAAUCUCAUUGUUAACUUUAAUAAAGUUCUGAACAAUCCGCCAAAUGGGUGUGGAUAAUAGAGUUUCUGGAGACGAUUCUAAAUGGGACACUACAUUACCUCCAGCAUGAAGAUAUGGCCUGUGUCAUCUCGCUUUAUUAUGAGGAAGUGUGCUAGCAUAUUGCUGGAUGAAUAUUUUGUGUAUUGCUGAAACUGAUGCAGACUAUUCCUGAGCAUCGCACAAUAUAAGUGCAGCGUGCAGAUUUGGAUGUAAAUCGUGGUACAUGUAUCUGUCAUUCUCGUUCACCAGAGUGAUGAUGCUACAUGUAUGUGUACCACAGAGAUUUAGAUUUACCAUUAUCAAACCUCUGAUGAAUGGGAAUGGUAUCUGUUUGUAGUACAAAUAAAGUGAUACAGCACGGUUCACAUUCAUAUUUGGGCUGGUAUUCAAUAUUGGUCUUAGAAUCUAAUAACGAUGUAGCUAAUCGGAUAACUUGUUAUUAAUAGCCAACCAAUAGAGUUAAUGAGGCCAAUCAAGUAUGACCAUAAGAUUCACUUACGUUCUAUAUUGAAUUCUACCCCUGCAUGAUAAACUUUGUAGUAAGGGAGGAUGUUACCAUAUUUAUGAAAAACAUUUGGCGAUAAUGGACAAUUUUUACGGUGAAUGAUAUAACGUAGAUUUCACAGAAAUGUAUGUAAAUCAUGCCAUAUCUCCGUUCUAGACAUUCUCUUUUUGAAUUUCUGGCGGUAACAAGGAAGGACGAUUCUUAGAAUGCACGAUGUUACGUUAAGGGUGCUGAUAUGGGUGUGAUGUGUGAACCUUAUUGCUUUUCUAUAAGAAAGGGUGCUAGCAUCGUACUAUGCUAUGAUAUACAAUGUAACGGUGUUUUAUUAUGCUAGCUCUAGUGCCACAAAUUAGUAUUCAAAUUGCUCAGUCUUCAUUCAAGGUCAUUUGUGUAUUUUCUUAGAUUUGUUUAAGUAAAAAAUACACUUUUAAUCAUAGAAUACACAUGUUUCUAUGGUGAUUUGGAACUUACCAUAUUGUUGUAGGUUCUUUUGUGAUUUUUUUAAUGAAAAUUGAGCCUGAAAAUUGUCAGCUUAUGUUUUCGUUUUUAGUAAUGAAAUUCUUUUAUUUCAUGCCAGUAUUUGAUAUGAAUAAUUCAUUUGAGAAAGAGAUGGGGAGAGAAAAACACAGAGGUAUAUUGAUAGUCAUUGUAACUUUGAUACCAGAAUUACUUUCACAAUUGUGAGCGAAAAGCUAACAUGUCCAUUUUGUAGUAUUAUGGGGGAUAGUUUGUUUGUUUUUGAUCAUUUUAUUUGGUGAUGAUUUUUUUAUUUGUAAUUAUGUUUAUUAAAAUUGAAUUGUUACAGAUUGUAUUAUGAUAAUGAAAAUUUGUGCAACCAACAAUGACUUUAUUGUUCCUUGUAGUAGAUACUAAAGAUUGAAAUUGAGAUAUUUUAGUGACGAUCUAUGAAUUUUAUUUUAAUAUGAAUUUGAAUUUAUAAUAUGAAAUAAAAUAUUUAAGAAA